AUGUUGGAGGAAGCAGGAGAGGUGUUUGAUAACAUGCUGAAAGCGUCAUUCCCGCUUACGUUCAUCGUCUUCAUCCCCGCCGUGCUGCUCCUCGUGUCCCCGCUGCAGGCCGAGGCUGCUCAUGAGUUCACCGUGUACCGCAUGCAGCAGUACGACCUGCAGGGACAGAGCUACGGUACUCGUAAUUCGGUACUAAACACAGAGGCCCGUACAGUAGAGGCAGACCUGCUGAGUCGACGAUGUGUGCUUAUGCGCUUAGCAGACUUCUCCUUUCAACAGUAUCAGAAAGCACUUCGUCAGUCAGCGGGGGCAGUGGUGAUAAUCCUGCCUCAUGAAAUGGCAGCGUUGCCACAAGAUAUUGUGCAGCAAUUUAUGGAUAUUGAACCUGAAAUGCUUUCUAUGGAGACUCAGGUCCCAGUAUACUUUGCAGUGGAGGAUGCAGAGCUAAUAUCCAUAUAUGAACAGACUCUCGCAGCUUCUGCAAGUCAGGGCACCUCUUCUGCUGCUGAAGUGCUUCUCCAUACAGCUACUGCCAAUGGCUUCCAAAUGGUGACUAGUGGAGCACAGAGUAAGGCUGUUAGUGAUUGGCUUGUAACCAGUGUGGAGGGACGGUUGACUGGUCUUGGCUCAGAAGACCUUCCUACCAUUGCCAUUGUUGCUCACUAUGACUCAUUUGGCGUUGCUCCGUGGCUGUCAUAUGGGGCGAUUCCAAUGGAAGCGGAGUGGCUGUCCUUCUGGAGCUGGCACGUCUCUUCUCAAGACUGUACACUUACAAGCGGACACAUGCCAGUUACAAUCUGCUGUUUUUCGCAUCAGGAGGAGGGAAGUUUAAUUAUCAGGGAACAAAGAGAUGGUUAGAGGAUCAUCUGGAUCACACAGAUUCUAGUUUACUUCAAGAAAAUGUGGCCUUUGUACUUUGCCUGGAUACAAUUGGAACUGGAAACAGCUUGCACCUCCAUGUUUCCAAGCCUCCCAAAGAGGGCACCUUGCAACAUGCUUUUCUCAAUGAGCUGGAAAUGAUUAUCGCUCAUCAGUUCCCUGAAGUGAAGUUUUCUAUGGUUCAUAAGAAGAUCAACCUGGCAGAAGAUACAUUGGCCUGGGAGCAUGAGCGAUUUGCUAUCCGAAGACUUCCCUCUUUCACCAUCUCACAUCUAGAAGGACAUCGCAGUGGUCACAGGAACAGUGUCUUGGAUCUCAGGUGGAAAGUAGACAAAGAUGUCUUAGCCCGUAACACCGUAUUAUUGCUGAGGCUUUGACCCGUGUCAUUUAUAAUCUAACCGACAAGGGUGCCCCAGCUGACCUACAGAUUUUCACACAACAGAUGCAAGUACAGAAGGAACAGCUAGAUGCACUGAUGCAGUGGUUGACCAGCCAGCCCCGGGCUGCACAGCUAGUAGAUAAAGACAGCACUGUAAUCAGCACGCUGGAGUAUUAUAUGAGCCGAUACUUGAAGGAUGUGAAACUUUAUCAUGUGAAGGCUGACAAAAGAGACCCUGAAUUUGUGUUCUAUGACCAGCUGAAGCAAACCAUGAAUGCAUACCGGGUGAAGCCAGCAAUUUUUGAUCUCCUCUUAGCCCUGUGCAUUGCAGCAUACCUUGGCCUUUCAUAUUUUGCUGUUCAGAACUUCGGAAUUCUUUACAAACUGGUCCAAAGAGUUGCUUGGAAGCCCAAACAAGCCUGA